AUGGACUGCAAGAAGUUCAUCCAAUUGGUUGAGGAGAAGAAGAGAGCUUUAGAGAAGAAAGAAGCCCCUUUGAAAUGGGAACAGAAGCUAGAAGUUGCUACAAAGGCGAGACUGGGUGCUGAGGCCAAAGAGAAGAGGUCAAAGAGGGUGAAACACAAAAGGUACGAGUCUAAUACCGACACUGAGAGUGACAGUACUGAUGGAGGGAUAAAAAGAAGAAGAAGAUCCCAUAAAAAGCAUAGGAAGAAUGCCCACGGUGAUUCAGGCGAGAACGAGAGGAGAAAUGAGAAGAAGUCAAAGAAAAAGUCGAAGAGUCUUUCAUCAGGCUCCAGUCAUGACUUCAGUAAUGAAUAUGAAAGUAGUUAUGAAGAAGAGAGGAGGAAAAAGCGUAGCUGCCGAAAAUGGAAGCAUCAUAAUUCAAGAUCAUAUUCAGAAUCUAUUGUCUCAGAUGAUACUGACAAAAUCAAAAGAAAAGCCACAGAAGACACUGCAAAGGACAUUAUCGGGGAGGGUCUAGUGCUUCAGGAUCUUCAAGCGAUGAAGCUGCUGAAUAGUGCUGAUGCACCCAGAAGGCAAAGCCAUGUGAACCACAGUAAGCAUCAUCAAGGACCAAAUAGUGUUGUCUCUGGCUCACUAGAUUGCAAUGAUGAGAGACCUCGUCAAAGAGGCCGAUUAUGA